GGGAGAUCGCUGCUGCGGUUCCGCCCGCUCCUUCAUGCGGGCUUCUGCUCCGGCGGGGGUAGCACCGCUGCCGCCGCCGCCGCCGCCGAGGAGGAGCCGGCCUGCCUUCUCCCCCGCCGCCCGCGGGGCUGGGGCGCUCCCCCGGCUCGCCUGCCCGGGGGGCCCGCAUGGCGUGCUACCUGGUCAUCAGCUCCCGGCACCUCAGCAACGGGCACUACCGCGGCAUCAAAGGCGUCUUCAGGGGACCGCUCUGCAAGAAGGGCUCUCGCUCGCCGGACUAUGCUGAGAAGGAGAAAGCUGCAGCCAAGGCUCUGGAGGACGUGAAGGCUAACUUCUACUGUGAACUAUGUGACAAGCAGUACCACAAACACCAGGAAUUUGACAACCACAUCAAUUCUUACGACCACGCUCACAAGCAGAGAUUGAAAGAUUUAAAACAAAGAGAAUUUGCUCGAAAUGUGGCUUCAAAGUCAUGGAAAGAUGAGAAGAAACAGGAAAAAGCACUCAAGCGGCUCCAUCAGCUUGCAGAGUUACGGAAGCAGUCAGAAUGCAUCACUGGGAGUGGACCAUUGCUUAAAGCCCCCAGAUUAGUCAUGGAAAAACAGCAAUCACCAGAUGGCAUUUUCCUGUACAAGGGCAGCAAGAUCACAACUAGUUCUCAAAGAACCACCACGAGUGAAGGACAGGGUUUCUCCAGCAGCGUACUAGAGAAACAGCAGCUUAUCAUAAGUAGGUACCAGUCCCCUACUGAAAGACCCCAUGCACUUGGAAAUCAAGUCUCACAAGUGUUCCCAGAUAGCACCAAUACUUCUCAAAGGGCAGGAGUGUCUUUCUCGUUCUCUAAAAAGGUCCCUUUGAAGCUCGAGUCCUCGGCAUCAGUCUUCAGUGAGAACUCUGAAGAAGGAAAUGAUUGCAGUGAAUCCCUGAACCAUAAAACAAAGCAAGCUCUCGAGGGCUGUCGUUCUGGCACAUUUUUGGAGGAGGACGUGAAAGCAAGCUUGGAUAAAGGGCCACCUAUUACACAAGACCAAAUGGAUUUGGAUAACAGUGCAUCAAGUCAUGUAGCCGCAAAACUGAAAAUGCUAAAGGAAAAUGAUAAAAGUAGUGAUAGAGAAUUAGAAGAAAAGGUCAGUGCUCAUCCUUCAUUUUCCAAAGUCAAAAUACAGCUUUCAAAUUCAGAUUUUUCUGGUUCACUUAGAGAACCAGAGCAAGAGAGCAAAUUGAAUGAGUCUGAGCAACUGUUAGAAUCUCUCGUUUCACCUUCAUGCCAAGCUAGCAAUUUUUGUACACAGCUGAACACCUACAAGCACAGCAAUGCCCACCUGCCUGACCAGUUACCUGAGCUCCCACAAGAGCCAGAACCUCAGCUGGCAUGCACAAGCAACAUUAAUGACAAUCCUGUGGCGGUAAAAAGAGAAAGAUCUUUGGAGAGUUCAGAAACCACAAAUGGGAACAUGGAAAAGCUUCCAAGGGAGACCGUGGUUAAAGAGGUUAAGCCCCAGGCAUUGCCUUUCCUCCAUGUAGUGAGCAAAGAUGGCACCACUGCUCUGCAGUGGCCCACAGAAUUACUCUUGUUUACAAAAACUGAGCCCUGUAUUUCAUAUGGCUGUAAUCCAUUGUAUUUUGACUUCAGACUCUCUUUAAAUCACAGAGAUGGUAAACAGCAUGAAACAAACAAAGCAAGCUGUAAAGAGCACUCUAUAAAUAAGACUGCAGAUGAAAAUGAAGCCUCAGGUUUAAUAAAACACAAGCAAAUGUCAAAUGAACAAGAUAAUCAGUUGUUGAAACCAAAGAAGAUGAAAGGUUCCCUAAAUCCAAGAAAGACCAAGCAAAAAGCUGAGUCAGACAUAGGGAAAGAAAUGAGUGAAAAUGGUCAAAAAUGCAUUGCAGAUUAUUUGAAUGAAAAUAUACCCAAAGUGCCUGCUUACCUUGAUGUCUCACAAAAGGAUUAUGUGACAGAAAAAGGUCUUCAUACAACAACACUGAGAAGACCCUCAAAGCAUCAUUUUCAUAGCUGUGAAAGAAAAAAACAGAACAUUAGAAAUGAAAGCAUUUCCUUUUCUGCUUUUAUGUCUAGGAUUAAAAAGUCUAAAGCUGCAAAAUGUCAUUUAAUUUAUUCUGAGGAAAACCGUGAAAACCAAAAUGACUGCAGAUCCAUUCAAGAUGUGGCUAGCUGCAGCAGUGACAUAAGUGACAGUGGCAAAGACUCUAGUGGAAGUUUUCUUAGUUAUAAAUCCUGUUCAAACAGCAGGUAUUCAGAAAAUGAAGGAUGUGGAAGUUACACGAGAUGCUGGAGAUUUCCAUCUCCUCAAAAGUCCUCCUCUGACAGACGUUCCAGCUAUUCUGACACUUCAGUUAGCGGUACGAGUAGCUACAUGAGCUACACAAGUCCCACACUGAACAAUCACAGCAGAAAUCAUUUGCUUUUUUGUUGUAAAAAAAAAAGCAAGACAGCUGAAAGGCACAAAUGUAAACACAGAAAGCACAAGUGUAUUUUCACUUCUGAUGAUACAGACAGGGAUUAUCUUUGUCGUAGUAGAAGUCACAGAACUAGAAACUGUACACAGAGGGGCACAAUUAAGUAUCAAAGAUAUUCAAGACAAAAAGUUUUACAACAUAGAGACAGAUCUAAACACAGCAGACGUAGACACCGGCAUUUUGGCAAAGUGCAUAGUAGAAGUAGAAGCUACCGUAGCUCCAAAAGUUGUUCCGCCAGGGAUUCAGGAAGCAGUGAAAGAUCAUCUAGUAGCAGAAUAUCAAGAAGUAGCAGUUCAGGAUCCUUGUCAAAAGAGACUGACAACUGUGACAACAAAACAAAAGAAGAUGCAGAAAGAGGUUCUAACACUGAAUUGGGAAAAGCUGAAACUGCACAUUGCAACUCUAUGAAUGCGAACGGUCAGUCAAAAAACUUUGCCACCUGCUCUUCUGAAACCCUGGCAAAAGACGUAUGUGGAAAAAGAAAGUCACUGACAGCCAAGUUACUUUUAGAAAGAGUGCAGUCCAAGAAAACCCAGGAACAAAUGCACAAUUCAGAUAGAUUUUCCAACACUUGUGAAGUAGAAUUAAAGAAUCACUCGCAAAGUCACUUUGCCCUUCAGUUUCCAUCAUCAGUAGAUGACAUUGCAAUGUUACCUUUGCCAGAGAAACUGCUAAGCAUAGGUAAAAAUGACACAGGACAUAAUGAAAUUAGUUCAUUGGAAAACAGUGUGACGAAAAACAACUUUGAAGCGUCAGAGGUAACUAAUGUUGCUCUUUCAACAGGCACUGAUUAUGAUCAUUGCCUUUUUAAAGACAUCAUUCAAAUAGGAACAGGCUAUCAGAGCCCAAGCAUAAAAAGGAGCACAGCAAUAAAGGAACAAUCCAACCUCUUCAUUAGUGAAGUGCAACCCUUUAUACAAAGCUGUGACCCAGUACCAAAUGAUUUCCCUGGUGCUUUUCCCUCUAAUAGAUAUUCUGUUGUUGACAAUUCAACAGAGACCAAAGAAGAACUACAUGAUGUGAACAUGGACUUGAACCGGGCAGAAGGCAGUUCAGACUCUCUUUGUGACAAUGCUAUGCAGAAGUACGCUGACACAGUAAAUGACCUAGAAGUGUACAGUAAAUCCACCUCCCCUCCUUUAACGCAGCAGCCUAUCACGUUUUCACCAGAGGAAGUAGACAAAUACAGGUUGCUGCAGCUGCAAGCCCAGCAGCAUAUGCAGAAACAACUUCUGGCAAAACACCUGAAGGCUUUGCCUGCCCCAGGACCAGCUGCCUUCUCUGCAACACCAGCAGUUCCUGCCCUCCCUGUUCAGCAGCAUGCUACUGUCACCACCAUCCACCACACGCUGCUGCAACGCUUUGCUGUCUCCUCGUCUGUACAUCCCCAUGGUAGUCAUCUCUCCCUGGCACACCUCCACCCCCUCUCUCAAGCACAUUUUGCCCCCAUAUCACUUUCCCCAUUGGCGCCAGCCCUCAUUCCCACCCACCCUGCUCUGCUGACAGGACACCCGUUGCACUUGGUCUCCAACACCCCCCUCCACCCUUCCCCGCUGACCUUCCCUGCACUGCCACACGCUGCAUACAUCCCAGCCUUAUUUACACCACACCUGAAUGCAGCCACACCUUCUGCUGUACAUCCAAAUCCCUUAGUUCAUCCAUUAUUCCAAGGGCAAGAGCCCCAUCACCAUUCUUGCUCUAGCCAGAUCCAACAGUUACCUACAAUAAAAGAAGUUUUCAGUGUUUCUAGCUACUUAAACUAGCCCAAAUGAUUACACCAUGGCUCCAAAACCAAAUUUGAAUAAAAUAAAUUAUUCAGUGUUCAAUCACAUGUCUGAGGGGAAAUCUACUCUUUUCCUGAGAGCACAACGGCAAAUAUUUUAAAGUCCGCAUUCUGGUUGACAGCAUAUAAAUGUUGAUUUCGUUCUCGUAUCACUGAGUAAAAGCUGGUUUAAAAACUUUUAUGAUACUGUCACAAGAAGGAUGGGGUCCAGCUAGUGUCAUUCUACAGAAAUUUGGAAAGAACAGCCUGAAGUGAAGUCUGUGACUGUCAGUAGGAAUGGGACCAGAGCCUAGGUAGACACAAUGGGACCAAGAAUAUCAACACUGAUGAGCGAUUUAAAAUAGCGCAAUUUAAGGUAGAGCAAUCUUGACACACCUCAAAGGUUUGCUUUUCUGAGUGUGUAUAUGCAACAGCAUAGUACUUGGUCUGGUUAAGGUAUUUCAGACUGAGCAAAAAAGAAGGUAUCUGGGACCACAAGUCCCUGGUUUUGUCUCUGGCCAAAAUAAAUUGGGGAGCCUCGAAGUAAAGGGUGAUGAGAACACUGGAAGAAGAGGGUCACAACAACAUCUCAAAGACACUUUAAUGAUUUUAUCCCUGGUAUAUGUUGCUUGGACAGCGUAAAGGGACUGCAGUCUGGCCACAGGUACGUAACAAAAAUUCCCUUAGCGUAGGGGGCUCUGUGCUGGCACAAGCGGGCUGCUACUUUUCUGCCUGGGCCAAGCAUCCAAGAAGGCAAAGGACAGAAGGGGAUGAAGCCAAGUUCUUUGGCAUUGCCAGCCUGUGGCUGUAGCGUACAGUAUGUUGGGGUGGGCUGCAGCAGCCCAGAGCUGCCAAGCAGCUAGUGCUGGCUUUGAACCUCAGAGGUCCCUGGCCCAGGCUGCAACACUUCUUUCCUACCAAACAGAGCUCUGAUGUGUGGGAAAGUCUCGCCCAAAGAAUGUGUAAAUAUGUUUCAUCCCUUUCACAAAAAACAUAAACAAUUGGCUGGUCCUAUAAAAUUGUGCUGAUAUUCAUAAAAAUGCAGAAGUAAAAUUCUGAGCAGAAAUUGGCUCUCCAGGUCAAGUCUCAUAGACAACCAUGCCACAGUUCUCAGCAUUUCAAGGUGUAUUGAAUCUAAACAAAUAUG